UUUCAAGACUGACUUCUACUUUGGAGUUUAUCGCCAAGACAGAUAAGCCCCAACGGUUACCAUAACAACAGUAAAAUAAUAAAAAGACUUAUGAAAAAAAAAACAAAAAAAAUAGACCUUAAAAGAAGAAUAUGAAGCUUUUGACAGCAAAUUUUUUGCAAUGUGUAGUUAAAAAAUGCCAAUCAAACUCUAAAUCAUAUCCUCUUAAGUUUGAAAAUGUUCAUAUUGUUCAAAAAACGCUAGAUUUUAAUCCAGAAUUUCUUUUAAAUAUUAUUUCUCGUGUGGACUGGAAAGCGUUUAUUUUGACAUUAGAAGAACUGUUUGGAAAAGUAACAAUUCCAUAUGAAAAACCGGAGCUUACAAUUGAUGAGGUCGAUUUAUUACAAGAAUUACAUAAAUUACUUAUUGAGACGCAAGUAAUGGAGGGAAACCUUAUUUGUCGUAAUUGUAAUCACAUUUAUCCUAUUAAAGAAGGCAUUCCCAAUUUUCUUUUAAGUGAAUAUGAGAUAUAGUUUGUUUUAUAUCAUUUAAAUGUAGGAAAAGAAAAUCAAAUAUUGUUUUGAUUAGAAAAAUAAAUUAAACAAUUUUAUUAUAUAAACAAUAUUCAAAAGAAACAUGCUUAAAUGACUAUAAUUAAUUCUAAAUAAAUCAUUUUCUUGAAAAUAUAAAGAUAAUUUAAUUAGUAUUUUAAACGUUUAUACUAUAUUCUUUUUUAGAUUAAGGUUUUUUUAUUAUAAAGACUAUAUAUUAUAGCGGAAAACGAUACAAAAAAUUAAUAUAAGAUUAAAAAAACUCUAUAAAAACAU